CAACAAUUGACUCAGGUCGACAAUUAGUCUCUGAUUGUCUUAUAUAUUGGAUACAUAUUCCCCUCUAAGCAUCUCAUUGACGGUAUCGCUGCGCUGCAAUAUACAGCCAAAAUGCUGCAGUGGCUAUUUCCCCCGCCUGCUCCUCCCCGAUUUCUCCUGGUCAGAUCAUCAUAGAGCAAACAACAGUGCUAAGCGACCAACUUCCACCCAUCCCUCGCGUAGCUCACCCACGUGUCCGUCAAUUCUGGGGCAUCAUCCACACACACCUCCGACGGUUCUCCCGAUCCUAUUGCAGCUGGGUCGGGAUCGCCUACGAUAAUCAAAUCGCCCAGCUCCCGCUCGGCCUUGUUCUGAAGUGGUCGGAUGGUAAUGUACCUGGCUCGAGGAAGUUUUGGCCAUGCAAGUCGCCAGGCAAGCCGGCCUCCCUGUACCCAGAGUUAUCUGCUAUGGCAAGCAUGCUGAUAGUCCGCAUGCGCCGGUUUCCAAUCCUAAUGACGCGGUUUCCUGGCAAGGAAUUAGGUCAGGUUUACGAUACGCUUAGCGACGAAGAGAAAGAGAUGGUGUUCCAACAGCUGGAUCGGUUUCUAACGUAUAUUAGGAACCGGGAGAAUCCGUGGGGCGAAAGCAGGAUCUGCUCGAUGGUAGGAACGCCGAUUAGAAGUGUCCUGGUGCCUACCAAUCAUCUUGCCGGCCCGUUUAGGUCGGAGCAAGAACUUAAUGACUAUUUGAGGGAACCUGCCUGGUCGGGUGGGUUUGCGUCCGAGGAGGCGUAUCAAGAGGCGAUGAAUCGCGCCAGGAAGAUGGAUGAGCUACCCCAUCGUAUCGUCUUUACUCCCGGAGAUUUGAAACACCACAAUAUCAUGGUCCGUGAGGGACGCAUCACGGGCUUUCUGGACUGGAGAUUCGCAGGCUGGUAUCCCGAGUAUUAGGAUUUCACGACAGCGUUGAGGCUCACGCCGGAGGACCUCUGGUGGUAUCACUUUGUGGUUGAGCUUGGUGGGAAGUCUUAUCUGCGCGAAUUGGACCAUGAGAGGGCAUUGACCUGUUUGACUAGUGCCUCUUAUUACUGGUGAACCUGAAUAGUCUGCUUCUUUCCAAGAUCUCAAGUUUUGGUCGCCCCGCCACAGCGUUCGGCACGGACCUGGUGGCCUGUGUUCUAAAUAUACGGCUAGCUGUCAAGCUGUUUGAAUUCCUUCUUUGAGAUCAUAGGACCCAAUCCUUUAUUCACAACAAGCCCA